AGCGCGCGUAGGCGAGCGGCUGCGGUAAAGUGGAAGUAAGGUGCUGAGGCUGGCUCGCGCGUGCGCGCAGUUUGGCGCGUGGCCAAACUUGAGCGGGAAUUUCAAGCUAGCCACGAAUCUCUCUCCUUCCCUCAGUCUUCCACCUUGUGGGGCGGGGUCUCGCACUAGAGCAGAGUGUGCCUCUAGGCGGGGCAGAAGGAGGCAGCGCUUUACCCCCUCCCUCCCGUCUCUCUUUCUUCACAGCACGCCCCAGAGUAGGCAAAGGACGGUUAAGAAAGCGGUGGCGACUGCAAACCUCAGCAAAACCUGUGGUGUGGUGAUGGACGUUCGCGUCAGGGGCUAAGGAAGGGGCGCUUUCUGCCUGGCGUCUGGUCUGCCUCUUCCUCACUUGCGGAAGGAGGAGAAGAGGGAAAGAUGAACGGGCCCGAGAGCCUUGGCUUCAGGCGGAUGGCCAUCCGGAGGAAAUCCAGCUCCAGCCUCCACAGCGCUGCCUUGGUCUUUUCCCAGGGAACUGCAGACGCUGCGCCUCUUUCCCAUCAGCAGCGAAGGAAAGACGUUGCCAGGGAAGUGUGGCCAGCAGCAACAGCAGGUGGUAGUACAUGUCCAAAGAUCUUUAUAACUCCCCUGUGCUCAGCAAACAGCACAGCUAGGCUGUAUAAGCCAAACAUCUGCAAUGAGGUGGCUGAGGAAAUAAAUGGAAACGUGCCAGUUAAGCAGUCUCCACGGCCAGCUUCAAAUCCAAAACCACAAGUGCCUCCAAAGCCAUUACAUCUGCAGAAUUCACAGUCAUCCAUUGCCCACCAAACCCCUAGGCAUAAAGCUUUAUAUACUACGAAGCCAAGAAUGGAGGAAGUUACACCUACCUCUUCUUGCGUGUCAAAAGAAAAAACUAGCAAAGUGUCUGAUCUCAUCAGUCAUUUUGAAGGAGGCAGUCCAUCCAUUCCUAGUGAGCUGAAGAAAGAAUCCUUUGUUCUAAAUGUUUCUAAAUCUCAAGGAAAGAAUGGGUCAGCAGCAUCACCUCAGCCAAAAUUCCUUACCCAACACCCACUACAGAAGCAGGGAUACAAUACAGAUCAAUCUCAGGAUGUACAGAAUCGCACAGCCAAUGGAGAAGUAGCACAGAACCAGUUGGACUGCAGGGACAGCACAUUGCCAGUUCAUAAUGCCAGUAGGGUUGUUCAAAACGACAAUGCAUUAUUUGACAGCAGCUUGGUAAAUGGAGAAAGAGAGAACACUAGUACAGACUCAUUGCAAACUACAGUGGCCUACAAAGGGCAAACAAUCAACAGCUGUUGUCAGACUCCAAUUGUGAACACAUUAUUUCCAUCUGGAAAGGAAAACGUAGAAAUGAUUACCAACAUUAAGGAUAAGCAGGUUGAGGAGCACAGUAAGCAAGACUCGCAUGUGGAGACAAAGGAGACAAAUGAACAGAAAUGUUACAAUAUUGCCAAUGAGCUUUUGCACACAGAAAGAGCUUAUGUCAGCAGACUUGCUCUCUUGGAUCAGGUUUUCUAUUGUAAAUUGAUGGAUGAAGCUAACCGGGGCUCAUUUCCUGCUGAAGUUGUUAAUAAAAUAUUUUCCAAUAUUUCGUCCAUAAAUCAAUUCCACAGUCAAUUUUUGCUGCCAGAGCUUGAGAAAAGAAUGCAAGAGUGGGACACAAACCCCAGGAUCAGUGACAUCCUGCAGAAAUUAGCUCCUUUCCUCAAGAUGUAUGGAGAGUAUGUGAAGAAUUUUGACAAUGCAAUGGAACUGGUGAAAACAUGGACUGAGCGAUCACCUGUCUUCAAAUCUAUUAUUCAAGAAAUUCAGAAACAGAAAGUCUGUGGAAAUCUAACCUUGCAGCAUCACAUGCUAGAACCAGUGCAACGCAUUCCACGAUAUGAGAUGCUCCUGAAGGACUAUCUAAGAAAAUUGCCUCAAGAUUCUUUAGACUGGAAGGAUACUGAAAAAUCCUUGGAAAUAAUAUCUACAGCAGCAAGUCACUCUAACAGUGCUAUCCGAAAAAUGGAAAACUUAAAGAAGUUGUUGGAGGUUUAUGAAAUGUUAGGAGAAGAAGAAGAUAUCGUCAAUCCUUCAAACGAACUCAUAAAAGAUGGACAAAUACUUAAACUUGCUGCUCGUAACACAUCUGCCCAAGAAAGAUAUCUUUUCUUAUUCAACAACAUAUUGCUGUACUGUGUCCCCAAAUUCAGCUUAGUGGGAUCUAAAUUCUCAGUUCGGACAAGAGUUGGUAUUGAUGGUAUGAAGAUUGUGGAAACGCACAAUGACGAAUACCCACACACAUUCCAAGUCUCUGGGAAAGAGCGGACUUUGGAAUUGCAGGCCAGUUCAGAACAAGAUAAGGAAGAAUGGAUAAAGGCUCUUCAGAGUACCAUAGAUGCUUUUCAGCAAAGGAAUGAAACAUUCAGAAAUGCUAUUGCAAAAGAAUAUGAUGACAUGCCUGUUGAAGUUUCUACUGCUGAACUUGGGAAGAGAGCACCAAGAUGGAUUCGAGAUAAUGAAGUGACCAUGUGCAUGAAAUGCAAGGAGCCCUUCAAUGCACUGACAAGGAGGAGACAUCAUUGCCGAGCUUGUGGACAUGUGGUUUGCUGGAAAUGUUCUGAUUACAAAGCUCAUCUUGAGUAUGAUGGCAAUAAACUGAACAAAGUUUGUAAGGACUGUUACCACAUUAUAACAGGAUGCACAGAUAGUGAAGAAAAGAAAAAGAAAGGAAUCUUGGAGAUUGAAUCAGCCGAAGUAUCUGGGAACAGUGUGAUAUGCAGCUUUCUCCAGUACUUGGAAAAAUCAAAGACUUGGCAGAAGGCUUGGUGUGUGAUUCCUAAACAGGAAGCCCUUGUACUAUAUAUGUACGGUGCCCCACAGGAUGUAAAAGCACUAGCUACUAUUCCAUUGUUGGGCUACACGGUAGAUGACACUCCAAGAAGUGCAGACCUUCCCCACAGUUUCAAAUUGACUCAGUCCAAGUCAGUGCACAGCUUUGCCGCAGACAACGAGGAACUAAAGCAGAAGUGGUUGAAAGUCAUCCAUUUGGCUGUCAAAGGUGAAACGCCAGAUUGCCCAAAUGAUUUGCAGAUGAGUUUGGAGGAUCAGCAUGAAAGCUCUGCAAAACUGGAAUUUGAACCUUGACGCAUCACAUGGUCUGUAAGAUGCAUAUUUUUUUUCUCCACUCAGACUUGGGUUGACACUAAUUCUGAAAUCAACAAGAACGAAGCCAGCCUUCCUAACUCCACCAUGUUUCUUAGCACUUUAUUUUGGAAAAGAACAGCAAUCAUCUUUUUUUAGGGAACCUUUUCUUAUAUUUAUGUUGUGUCAAUAAAAUUUAAUGUACAGAGCCAUUCUGCAUUUUCUUUUUAUUAAAUGUCUCUAUCAAAAA